UAAACAUUUCAUUCUAAAGUGAGACUCCAAAGUGAAAGGUUCGAAAAGCCUAAAUUCGAAUACAAUUACAAAUAAUAAUAUUAACAUAAAAUGUCGUUAAUUAAAAUUGUAAUUUUAUUAACGACUUUGUUCGCGUUCGAAGCAAAUCAAUUUGCACAGCAAAGAUGGUGGCUUUCAUUUUUGCCGCCAAGUCAUAUGAAGUUUUACGAACCAGCUAUUAAAACGAUCUUGAAUAAUACAUUUUCAGAUGCAAAUGUAAUUUCCGCAAAAACGAAACCGACUGCUAUAAUUAAUACUUCGAAAGUCACGACUCCGGCAAAAGUAUCAGGAAAAGCAAAAUCUACUCCAAAUAUUUCUACGACUUCAAGUCCAACGGGAGGUCAGACAAUAGAUCCUGAAAAUGUCUUGGAAACACUGAACUCCACAACUGGGAACAACUACUUUUUUAACUAUUAUUACUAUAUAAAUGAAUCCGUUAAGACAAACACUGCGAAUACAACAACGCAUGAAGCUAACAAAGUGGAUAGUGAUAUGAGAUAUGGCAUCCUGCCAGACUGUGCACAUGUCAACGCAUCUGGUGUCUACUUGGUACGUGUAGCAUUAUACCCGCGUCCAUUUAUGGUCUAUUGCCAAGUAAUUGAUGAUGAGAAGCACGGCUGGUUGGUGAUACAGCAGCGCGACUUCGACGAUCCACCGAUCGAUUUCAAUCGCAACUGGUCGGAUUAUCGUGCGGGUUUCGGUGUAAUAGAUGCCAGUUAUUGGCUGGGUCUGGAGAAGAUUUGGGCCAUCACGCACAGUAUGUUGCAAGAGAUGGUCAUUUUGUUGCUGGAUUUUGAUGGUAACUUUCGUUGGUAUCGCUAUGACGUCUUUAGUAUUGCGGAUGAAGAACAAAAUUACACAUUGAAUUCGUUGGGUAGACGAGGCGGAGCCGCAGGUGACAGUUUGAAGGAUAGCGAAGGACAAAAGUUCAGAACAUAUGAUAGGGAUAAUGAGGAGGGGUGUGCGCGGAAAAUGCGUGCGGGUUGGUGGUAUAAGGACUGUGAAAUCGGAAAUCUCAACAGUCCGUUCUCUGAGGAAUUAACAGCAAACUAUGAUGGUGUUAUGUGGCCAUCGUUUUAUGCGGACGAACCAUUAAGCACUGUAAAAAUCAUGGUCCGACCAAAGAAAUAUGAUGACGAUUAGACUACAAAGCAUUAUAUCGUUAACAAAAUAUGAUUUGGAGUUAUUCUAAUGAAAAAUAUAUAAAUCCUGAUAUCUAUGAAGAAAUGUAAAAUAUCGAUGGUCUCAAAUACUCGAGACGAGCUCGGAAGAAGAAAAUCUCUCUAAGUUU